CUAGUGUAAUCAGGUAAUAGGGUUUGUGUCACAGUGAUAUGACAUUGUUGCUAUUGUCAUUUUUUCAGUGAUAGUAUUUUCACCAUAUUUAGGAUAAAUGUAGAGGAUACCCUACCUAGUUUCCUAGUAUAUGUAUGGUGUAUGUAUGCUGUAUGUUUACAGAUUGAUAAGCUCCUUGUCUAAGAUAUUUAAAAUGGCAAAACAGCAGGCAAUAUCUGAUAUGGAAUGUCAUCCUCUGAAGACUUUGGAGGAAGUCAGAAAGUGGUCAGAUGAGGGUAUUCCAAACAAGAUGAAGCAGGGAACAGAAUGUUUGAGAGAGAGACCCCACACGGAUGAAACAGUACCAAAAACACUUGUUUGUCAUGAUAUGAGGGGAGGCUAUCUUGAAGACAGAUUUAUCCAGGGUGACAAGAACGAGAAAAGCUAUAACUUUUACCACUGGCAGCUGAUUGAUUCAUUUGUUUACUUCAGUCAUCAUUUCAUCACCAUCCCACCAGUCACAUGGAUAAAUGUAGCGCAUAGAAAUGGCGUGAAAAUGUUAGGCACUUUGAUAACAGAAUGGAAGGAUGGGUACAAAAUAUGUGAAGAAUUCUUAGAAUCAGAAUCAUCAUACAAAGCACUUGCAGAUCAAAUGGUUAAAAUUACACAGUUUUACAGAUUUGAUGGAUGGCUGAUCAAUAUAGAAAAUAAAAUUGUGGAAGAAAAAGUUCCCUGUUUAUGUAAGUUUGUGGAAUACCUAACAGCUAAGCUACAUGAGACUGUGCCAGGAUCUGAAGUGAUAUGGUAUGAUAGUGUCAUUAAUACGGGAGAACUCACAUGGCAGGAUGCACUCAAUGAUAAAAACUGUAUGUUCUUUGAUGUUUGUGAUGGUAUUUUCCUGAAUUACAACUGGAACCCAGAAAAGCUCCUCAGUUCUAUGGCUCUAGCUAUGUCUAAAGACAGACCAAGGGAUGUAUAUGUUGGAUUAGAUGUGUUUGGUCGUGGUUGUUUGGGCGGUGGUGGAUUUAACUCUAUUGAGGCAUUGACAGCAAUACGGCAGUAUAAUAUGUCAGUAGCUAUAUUUGCCUUUGGAUGGGUGUAUGAGUGUUGCGACGUUGACAACUAUAUUGAUAAUGAAAACAGAUUUUGGGACUUAUUGAGUGAUUUGUGUCCAACAUCAGUCUGGCCUAAUGGUUUUCUGUCGUCAUCAUUUUGCAUUGGAGCAGGGCGCAAGUUUUACCUCCAAGGAAAUGUCUGUAAUGAGAGUCCUUGGUAUAAUUUGAGUUUACAAGAGGUUCAGGCAUAUUAUAGGAGGAAACAGAUUGUGAUAGCUCCUCAGGAACUCCCUGCUCUGGAGCCCUGUUUUGAAUGUGCAUAUUUAGGAGGAAGUUGUUUAAGUUACAAUGGAGAGUUACCAUCUACUGGAAUUCCACAGUUAUUCAGGUUAUUUGACCUUGACUGUAAACCUAAGGAGUCAUACAUUGUGAGUUAUGCUUACAAAACUAAGGGAGACAAUCAAGUAUUUCUAGAAAUAGAAAGUCAAAGACAAAAUGACAAGAAAAGUUUUGUAUUUUUGUCCGAAACUGAACAGCCACCUAAAAAUAGUGACAGUGAUGCAACUAAUGAUUCUAUGGAGAAGAAGAAACCAGUACAAAGUAGUAAAGUGAUUAUAAACUCCAAGCCUGUUGAAACUGUCCUGAAAGAAUGUCUUGGUCAGAUUUGUCUUCCAGCAAAGGAUUCUGAUUGGACUACUAGGUGGUAUAUACUGGAUAAAGAACAGAUAGAAGACUUUGCAUUAACCUCAUUAUUGUGUGGAUUAUCAUCAAAAUCAACCCAAAAGGAAAUCAUCAACAUAGGGCAAAUACAGAUGUUUCCAUUAUCUCAACUUAGAAUUCCAAGCAUUUCCAACAUAGAAAUCUCAACGCAAGCUGACAGUACCAUAGAAGUAGCCUGGGCGUGUAGCAAUCCAUCAGGUGUCAGUUACUACAUUGUGUACCUAGACGAUAUGUAUCUUGGCAGAGCAGCUUCAACAUAUUAUUUUCUUGAAAAUCAAAAGGAUGACAGAUCAUCAUUUGUUAUCAGUGUACAGGCUGUUUUAAAUAUUGGACUCGUUACAAAUCUGGCAAAAUCUGAAAAAUUUACUGUAAAUAUAGAACAUUCCUAGUAGUUUUGUAUCUUAUUUAAUAUAUUUUAUGUAGAGGGAUUAACAAAAUUAUAAUAUUUCCUUAUGUUUCCUAUUGGAAUUUUGAAAACCAAAGAAAAUUACAAUACUCAUAUAAUUUGCUGCUUAUUUUAGAAUAUAUUGAUUCCUUUGAUGUUAGUACUGAAAUUUACAAGGUUCCACUGUGAAGGGUAGUGAAUAUCUCAAUGUUAAAAUACACUAUUUUGUAUCAUAUUUAAUAUAUUUGUUUUGUAGAGGAAAUUAUUAUAUACUUAUAACUUGUUGAUCAUAUCAUUUAAAUAUGGAUUCCUUUUGAUAUUAGUACUUUCAUUAACAUAGUUCCAAUGUGGAAGAUAGAGAAUUUCUAAAUGUUAAAAUUAACUUUUUUGUAUCUUUUUUUUGGUAGAGAAAACUAUAAAGAUUGUAAUACUCAAAUAACUUGUUGAUUAUAUCAUUUGAAUAUGGAUUACUUUGAUAUAAUAACCUUAACUAUUAUGGUUCAAUUGUAGAAAAUAGUGAAUUUCUA